UUGGUGCUCGUAUCGAGGUCGGCUCUGGGGCGGCUGGGAAGGCCGCGGGCGAGAUGUUCAAAAACACAUUCCAGAGCGCCUUCCUCUCCAUCCUCUACAGCAUUGGCAGCAAACCCCUGCCGAUCUGGGGCAAAAAGGUACGGAAUGGCCACAUCAAAAGGAUCACUGAUAAUGACAUCCAGUCCCUGGUGCUAGAGAUUGAAGGAACAAAUGUCAGCCCCACAUACAUCACGUGUCCUGCAGACCCAAAGAAGACGCUGGGGAUUAAACUUCCCUUCCUCGUCAUGAUUAUCAAAAAUCUGAAGAAAUAUUUUACCUUUGAAGUACAGGUGCUAGACAAGAAUGUGCAUCGGCGGUUUCGGGCGAGGAACUACCAGAGUACCACCCGAGUCAAACCCUUCAUCUGCACCAUGCCCAUGCGGUUGGAUGAUGGCUGGAACCAGAUUCAGUUCAAUCUGUCAGACUUCACUAGGCGGGCGUACGGCACAAAUUAUAUCGAGACCCUAAGAGUGCAGAUUCAUGCAAACUGUCGCAUCCGGAGGGUUUACUUCUCAGACAGACUCUACUCAGAAGAUGAACUGCCAGCAGAGUUCAAACUGUAUCUCCCAGUUCAGAACAAAGCAAAGCAAUAACUGGAAUGCAACUCAAGGGAUAGCCCCUGGACAUGGCUCUUAGUUUAAAAAGGAAACUGUCUGGAGGACAAUGCAAAAAAAAAAAAAAAAAAAAAACCAACAAAAAACAAAUAUUUCUAUUAGUUUACUGUGCUGUGGUUCUUUUAUGUAUUACUUGGUGUCCCCUGUUGUGGACACCAGUGACCAUGCCAUAAUGCCAUAAUUGCAUUGUAAGUACAGUGAGGAAUAAGCCGUCCUUUGGAACAUAAAUGGUGGAGUUUAUCCUGCUGCCUGCCUCAGUGUUUGGGGAGAUACACUUACCACGAACUUACAGAUUUAAAGAUGUCCCGUAAGGCAACUUCAGACCAAUAUUUCUUCCUACGGUUUAUUCAUUGUUUUAUAUAUUAUCUAAAUAUAUGU